UGACGACAGAGUUGCGCCGGCGUCCGGGUCUAAGAAGAGCGGGAGGUGGUGGCGGCCUUGAGAAGAUGCUGGAGACCUAGGCUCGCUACGCCUGGCCCGACCUGAGUAGAGAGUGGAGAAAGGGUGGGAGGCGAGGUCGAUGUAUGUGGCCGGAGCGGACGGUGCAGAUUGCGAGCCGGCCUAAAAGGCUGCUCUUUGGCGUAAAUUGCAAUCGAUUAGGGAUCGUUUCUCAGACUCAAGUUAGAAGUGAGAGUUCAGAUAAGUGAGGCCGACAUUGCUGCCUUGAAGAAGGGGAGAAUGGAUUUAUCAGGAGUGAAAAAGAAGAGCUUGCUAGGAGUCAAAGAGAAUAAUAAAAAGUCCAGCACUAGGGCUCCUUCUCCUACCAAACGCAAGGACCGCUCUGAUGAGAAGUCCAAGGAUAGAUCUAAAGAUAAAGGGGCCACUAAAGAGUCAAGUGAGAAGGAUCGUGGCAGAGAUAAGACUCGGAAGAGGCGCAGUGCUUCAAGCGGAAGCAGCAGCACCAGGUCUAGGUCCAGCUCAACCUCCAGCUCGGGCUCCAGCACCAGCACAGGCUCAAGCAGUGGCUCCAGCUCGUCCUCUGCAUCCAGCCGCUCAGGAAGCUCCAGCACCUCCCGGAGCUCCAGUUCUAGCAGCUCUUCUGGCUCCCCCAGCCCUUCUCGGCGCAGGCAUGACAACAGGCGGCGGUCCCGCUCCAAAUCCAAACCACCUAAAAGAGAUGAAAAAGAGAGGAAAAGGCGGAGUCCUUCACCUAAACCCACCAAAGUGCACAUUGGGAGGCUCACCAGGAACGUGACCAAGGAUCACAUCAUGGAGAUAUUCUCUACUUACGGGAAAAUUAAAAUGAUUGACAUGCCUGUAGAAAGGAUGCAUCCUCAUCUAUCCAAAGGCUAUGCAUAUGUGGAAUUUGAGAAUCCAGAUGAAGCAGAGAAGGCACUGAAACACAUGGAUGGAGGACAAAUUGAUGGCCAAGAGAUCACUGCUACUGCUGUGUUGGCACCAUGGCCUCGGCCACCACCUCGGCGAUUCAGCCCACCUAGGAGAAUGCUUCCGCCACCUCCUAUGUGGCGUAGGUCACCCCCACGGAUGCGGAGAAGGUCUCGAUCCCCAAGACGCAGGUCACCUGUGCGAAGGAGGUCUCGAUCUCCUGGCCGCCGCCGCCAUAGGAGCCGAUCCAGCUCCAACUCCUCCCGAUAAGCAGGGACAUUGAUUCGUACCUCUGUAACUUAUGCUCCCCAGACUCAGUUUUGUCCUUUUCUCUAGCCAAAUGAGUGUCUGUAGGGAAGAAUCCCUCACCAGGGUAGGCUCUGAAGACAGCAGUUGAGAUAUCUCCUCUGCAGGAAAGUUCUGGCUUAUGGAGGCACUGUUGAUUCAGGACUGUCCCCAUAGAGGUACCCUGUAGUUUUCUGGCUAGAAAGUUCACCCCUUCAGUUCUUGACAGUCUGUUUGGUAGCAGAGCCAGUGGGACCUGUGGCAGCACACCAUUUUCUACAGAUGACCUAGGACCAGUCAGACAACCUGAUCAAGCCCUUGCUGUCGCUGUGCCACACUGUGGAGAGGACCAAGCUGCUCUUCUGUAGGCCUGACCAUGCCCCUGCUUAGUACUCUUCACCGGCUAGGGUUAAAGCCUUUGAAGGAUUCCUCCAUAAAUGGCUAUCUUUUCUGUCCCCGUGUCUGUUACUUUCUAAAAUUGGUGAGCCAGUUCUACAGGGUCCUCAUGAAACCUACCCCACCCCCACUGUCACCUGCCAUUCGUGGUGAUGUUGCAGGUUAACCUUGGCAAUGUGUACAUUGCCUCUUUUUGCUUUUAUUGUACAGUCAGUACUAUAAAAUUUGUUUUGAGUUUUAUAACUUUGUAGCAUUUUAGAUAAGGUUGUGUUUGUACUUGUGUAGAGUGAAAGGCCUGUGUUGAAUAAACCUAGGAUUAGAAUGCAAAUUGA